UAUGAUUAUGCUAUUUUUACUUUUUUUAGCCUCAUAGACCUAGACCAGAAGGAAAACGUCAUAAAAAAGUGCGACAACCACACAACACUAGGGAAAGGUAUCGACAAAUGGCUAAUGCACAAGAAUUUAUAGAUAAAACUUAUUCUCAUAUUCAGUAUGGUGGAGUUGUUACAAGGUCAGCAAAUGAUACUACAGAUGGAACAAAUCAUGGAGGACAUUCUGUUCGGCCAAGUAGCUUAGAAUUGCAUUCAACAUAUAUUGCAAAUCAUGAAACUGGUUAUGUAGGUAGUCCAACACACCAUUAUCCAUCUCCUCCAACUACUUAUACAGAGCAAUCGCAAUCUCCUCAACAUCAUUUUCCACCGCCACCGUAUACUGUUAAUUCACCAGAAGCUCGAAAUACACCUAUUAGUGGCACACCUACUCGUUAUGGGAAUCGCAUUAAUUCUGCAAGACCAUCUCAACCACCUCCAGCUCCACCUGUGUCUAAUUCCUCAGGAUCUAGUGGGACUUCCACUCCCACUAUAUCUGCAGGUGGUACUCCUUCAAGUGGUACAGGAAGGUAUAGAGUUUCAAGUCAUUCAAGAGAUAAUCUUCCUCCUCCUCCUCCACCACCCGAAAAUACUACUGUUAAUGGAAUUCAUCCUCCUUCUCUUUUUGUUACCCAGAAAGUUAUUCAAUCACAACCAGGAUCUGGCCCACAUACGCCAGUUCAUAAUUCUCAUGUGGGAUCUCGCCAUGCAACUCCAACUCAUCAUUCCCACACGAAUAUUUCUAGUAGUCAAGUUCCUCCAACAGAUAUAGUCACUAAUACCACUCCUGAUGGUUUAGAGCUUCCACCACCUCCACCUACACCUGAUAAAGAUAUCCUUCAUACAGAUAGUCAUCUUGUUCCUUCACCUCCACCUCCUCCUCCUCCAGCUGUUAAUGGAUGUUUGCCACCACCACCACCACCCUUGCCUCCUCCAGAUGAUCUAUCAAAUGGUCCAGUUAUGAGUGGAGAUAUUGUUCGUGUUCAAGAAAUUGUCUCUCUUUCAUCAGAAUCUGCUAGCACAACAUCUAGUGUAAGCAAAACUAGUGAAAAUACAGAUCCAAAAUCUAGGUUACCACCAAUUACUCAAACUGAUGCAAGAAGUGAUUUGUUGGCUGCAAUUAGAGAAGGUAAGUAAUAAAUAAUAAUAAUAAAUAUAUAUAUAUAUAUAUAAUGAUGCAAUUAAAUGAAAAUAUUAACAUAAGUUAAAGAUAUUGAUGGGUAUUGACAUACUUACU